CUCACCAUUAACGGUCUGUGAUGACAUUGCACAGAAACCCCCCAACAUAAUACAGAGCCGGAUGAAACUGAAAGUAUUCAGUACCAGAACUUCAGCAGAGAAACAGCAUGUCACCCCGAAAAGCAGCAAGAAAGAAAAAGGAAACCCAGCUUGUUUUGUACGCUGGCGCAGCAGACCUGAGGAUCGUACUUGUUGGAAAAACUGGAGCAGGAAAGAGUGCAGCAGGAAACACCAUCUUAAGAAGGAAUGCUUUUCUUUCCACCAUCAGUCCUUCUUCAGUAACAUCAGAGUGUAAGAAGGAAAUAGGAGAGUUUGAGGGUCAAACUCUGUCAGUAACUGAUACUCCGGGUCUGUUUGACACUUUCACAUCUGAAGACCAGAUUAAAAGAGAGAUCGCUAAAUGCAUCUUUUUUUCUGCUCCGGGUCCUCAUGUGUUCCUCAUUGUGAUCCAGCCGAACAGAUUUACUCCAGAAGAACAAGAAACUGUGGAAAAAAUUCAGGAGGUUUUUGGAGAACUAGCGGCAGAUUACACCAUGGCCCUGUUCACCCAUGGAGAUGAUCUGAGGGCAGAUGGUGUCUCCAUAGAAACAUUCAUUAAUAGAAAUCAAGAUCUCCGUGACUUCAUUGGCCAGUGCAGGGGAGGAUAUCAUGUCUUUGACAACAGAGACAGAGAUGUUUCUCAGGUCAGAGAGCUGCUGAACAAGAUCAACAGAUUGGUUCGGAGAAAUGGAAAAAGAUACUUUACCAAUGAAAUGAUAAGAAAAGUUGAGAGAGUUAAAAAAGAGGUUAUAAUUGUCAUACAGAGAGAAAAUAGGGGUAUGGAGAUUGAAGAAGCAAUAAGACGGGCAGAAGAGAGCUAUGCUAGGGGCGUUGCCUUUGGUUUGAUGAUGGGAGAAAGAAGAAAUGCAAUAGGAAGCUCUACUAGCAGGCAGAUAGCAGACAGCUAUAAUGCUGGCGUUACCAUGAGCAGUUUUACAACUUCUGGUGCUGCUGUUGGAGCUGUAUUAGGAGGCCCGAUAGGAGCUGCAGCAGGAGCUGCAGUGGGAGCUGCUGCAGCUGCAGUAACAACGAACAAUUGCACUAUUCAGAGCACAGGAAAAGAACAAUGGCAGGAAAGGGAAACCAAAACCUCUGUGUUUGAGAUCGCUCGUUUGUGCAUAUCACUGCAACACCUGGAGGUCAGCGGAAGUGCUGUGAGAGUCAUGUUUUUCGACUUCUCCAGCGCUUUUAAUACUAUCCAGUCUUCACUGCUACGAGUGAAGAUGGAAGGUAUGGGAGUAGACCAACACCUGACUGCAUGGAUUAAGGACUAUCUCACCAACAGACCACAGUAUGUGAGGCUGCAGCACUGUGAGUCUGACGUGGUGCUCUGCAGCACAGGUGCCCCUCAGGGUACGGUGCUCUCUCCCUUCCUCUUCACUCUAUACACUUCGGACUUCACUUACAAUAACACACACUGCCACAUCCAGAAGUUCUCUGAUGACACAGUCGUUGUUGGCUGUGUUUCUGAGGGGGACGAUCUGGAGUACAGGACAGUCAUCAGGGACUUUGUCAGCUGGAGUGAGCGUAACCAGCUCCAGCUAAAUACCAGCAAGACAAAGGAGAUGAUCGUGGACUUCCAGAGGAAAGCAUCCUCUCUCACACAGGUGAACAUCCAGGGAUCGGACAUAGAGGUGGUGGAGAACUAUAAAUUCCUGGAAGCGAACAAUAAAACACAAAGUCAAACAGAAACUAAAUUAUUUGGGAUCAGAACAUCAGCUGUUGAAGACAUGGCAGGUCGGCUGGCAGAAGAAGAGGAAAUGGAUUCCCAGCUUGCUUUGUUUGCUGGUGUACCAGGCCUGAGGAUCGUACUUGUUGGAAAAACUGGAGCAGGAAAGAGUGCAGCAGGAAACACCAUCUUAAGAGGGAAUGCUUUUCUUUCCACCAUCAGUCCUUCUUCAGUAACAUCAGAGUGUCAGAAGGAAAUAGAAGAGUUUGAGGGUCAAACUCUGUCAGUAGUUGAUACUCCAGGUCUGUUUGGCACUUCUACAUCUCAAGAGCACAUAAAACAAGAGCUGGCAAGAUGCCUCUUUUAUGCUGCUCCGGGUCCUCAUGUGUUCCUCAUUGUGAUCCAGCCGAACAGAUUUACUCGAGACGAACAAGAAACUGAAAAUAAUUCAGGAGGUUUUUGGGAAAACAUUAGGGAUGGAAGGAAUGGAGGGAGACCAGUGACGAAGUCCAUGGAGACGUGGGACCAGGGCCGGUGAGGGAUGGACAAGGGA